AUGUCUUCCCGAAAUCCCAGAGACUUAAUUAAAAGCAAAUGGGGCUCAAAGCCUAGUAACUCCAAAUCAGACACCACAUUGGAGAAAUUUAAGGGAGAAAUUGCAGCCUUAAAAACAUCAGUGGAUGAAAUCGCAAGUGGAAAAGGAAAGCUGGCUGAUAAAGACAGACACAGACUCAUAGAGAAAAUUCGACUCCUAGAAGCUGAGAGGCAGAAGAAUGUGUAUUACCUCACAGAGAAGGACAAAGAAAUAGAGCGGCUCAGAGAGCAGCUGAAGGCGAGAUACAGCGCAACGGCGUUGCUUGAGCAGCUAGAAGAGAAAACAAAGGAAGGCGAGCGGAGGGAGCAACUGCUGAAAUCUCUAUCUGAGGAGACAGAGAUGUUGAAGAAGCAGUUGUCUGCUACGACCGCGAGGCUGGCGGAACUUGAAAGCAAAGCCAGUACACUUCACUUGUCACAGACUGUGGCUGCAAGUUGCUUCAACUCUUCAGUAAGCAAUAUUCAUGAAAUGGAAACACAGCUGAAAGAUGCUCUGGAGAAAAACCAGCAGUGGCUUGUGUACGAUCAGCAGCGUGAGGUCUACGUCAAAGGGCUGUUAGCAAAGAUCUUUGAGUUGGAACAGCAGUCGGAAAUGGCUGCACAGUCACUGCCACAGCAGACAAAGAAGACUGAGUCAGAAGGUUGCCUACAGGAUGAAAAGCAAAAAUAUUAUAAUCAGCUCUUGGCCAACGCUAAAAAGGAUCUUGAGGUUGAGCGUCAAACCAUAGCUCAGUUAAGUUUUGAACUUAAUGAAUUUCGGAGAAAAUAUGAAGAAACUCAAAAAGAAGUCCAAGACUUAAAUCAACUGUUGUGUUCACAAAAAAAGGCAGAUGUACAACAUCUGGAAGAUGACAGGCACAAAACAGAGAAAAUCCAAAAGCUCAAGGAAGAGAAUGAUAUUGCUCGGGGAAAACUUGGGGAAGAGAAGAAGAGAUCUGAAGAGCUCUUGGCCCAGGUCCAGUUUCUUUACAAGUCUCUGUUAAAGCAGCAAGAGGAACACACGAGAGUGGCUCUCUUGGAACAAAAGAUGCAGGCAUGCACUGUAGACUUUGAAAAUGAAAAGCUUGACCGUCAGAACAUGCAGCACCAAUUGCACGUCAUUCUUAAGGAGCUGCGAAAAGCGAGAAACCAGAUAACACAGCUGGAAUCAUUGAAACAGCUUCAUGAGCUUGCCUUCAAUGAGCCCUUAGUCACUUGCCAAGGAGAGACAGAAAACAGGCUCAAAGUCGCCUCACCGAAAAGCCCUGUGGCCCUCAAUGACAGCCUGGUGGAGUGCCCCAAGUGCAAUGUCCAGUAUCCCGCCACGGAGCACCGAGACCUGCUGGCUCACGUUGAAUACUGUUCAAACUAACAGUGGCUGCCCAGGCUUUGUGGCAGAAUGUUCAAUGCUGUAUCUUGUGGGAGCUCUUGGGCAUUUCGAGUGGCACGCUUCUCCCCUUAGAUAAGAAACUACCCCCUCGACCUUUGAGACCCUAGCACCUGAAGGAAUCAUAGUACUUGAGUUCGGGGCUGCUUUGCGUUUUCUUUAGUGGUGAUACCUCCUCAAGAUGCUUGAUUGUUGGCCUUCAAGCCGGCAGAAAGUGACGAUCGCUAUACUUGUGACUACUCAUGUUUUGCACUGUUCGAUACUUGGAGGAAAGAUCAUUCAGGUUAUUGCUUAUGCGUUAAAUCAUUAGCACCUGCAAGCAAGUAUUUUGUUCUCUGGCCCCUUCAAUAUACAUAUUUCUUUAAAUCAAAGGUAAUUAUCCAAAAGUCUUACUGUGUUAGUAUUGCUCUCAGCAAGCAAUUUGUACACCUAGAAUUUAAAUUUUGAUCUAAAUCAAAAUCGUUUGAAGUCUAUUGUUUAAAAAUGGCGAUACUUUUUUUUUUCUUUUGCUACUGUAGAGCAGUUAUUAGAGAAGUUGGGAAUUUUCUCCCUCUCUACUGCUACUUCCUGUUGGCACUGUGAAACCAGCCAAGGUGGAAGUGCCACACGCAGUGUUCACUCGUGUCCACAGGCUGAGGCUUCACUUGGGAGUCCAUCAGCAGUGCCGGUCAGCCGAACUGUUCAAAUGAACUUUAACAAAACCAUCUGUCCCUCUCACUUGACUUCAGGUAUUUUAUUUAUUUUUGGCACUUUUAAGACUUGAUGACAUAAUCAUCAAAUAUUUGUUUAUCUGAAUAUUUUUAU